AGAGCUGGGCAGCAGUGGGUGGUGCGGAUGAGAGGGACCAAGGUGGCUUUUAAGCGCUGUAUGCCGGGACCCAGCACUCCUGUGACCUUGUGAUGCAUAGGGAGGAGCUCCAGUGCUGGGCUUGGUGGACCUUUGGAACCUCCUCCCUAUGGCAGCCCCUGGCGAAUUGUGGAUGACUGUGGCGGUGCCUUUACCAUGGGUACCAUAGGUGGCGGUAUCUUUCAAGCCUUCAAAGGUUUUCGAAAUUCUCCAGUGGGAGUAAACCACAGACUCCGAGGGAGUUUGACAGCUAUUAAAACCAGGGCUCCACAGUUGGGAGGAAGCUUUGCAGUUUGGGGAGGACUGUUUUCCAUGAUUGAUUGUAGUAUGGUUCAAAUAAGAGGCAAAGAAGAUCCCUGGAAUUCCAUCACUAGCGGUGCCUUAACAGGAGCCAUCCUGGCAGCAAGAAAUGGACCAGUCGCCAUGGUUGGGUCAGCUGCGAUGGGUGGCAUUCUCCUAGCUUUAAUUGAAGGAGCUGGUAUCUUGUUGACAAGAUUUGCCUCUGCACAGUUUCCCACUGGCCCUCAGUUUGUUGAAGACCCCUCCCAGUUGCCUUCAAGCCAGCUACCACCCUCACCCUUCGGAAACUACCAACAGUAUCAGUAGGACUUCUUUCCCAGGGUCCUGUACCUGGGUGGACUGUAGUUCAGUGGGUUCAGAAGAUUAAGUUACAGUCUGUUGAAAGCCUUAGGUGGAGCGAUGCUGCCCGAGCAGCCAUGAAGAGACAAUUAGCACAUUUUUCUAUUUAAGAGAAAAGAUACUGAGUUUAUUUAUUCAUGCUUGGAUUACAUUUGUGAUAAAAAUAAAUGUCUAAUACCAUCUAAAGAAUGUAUAUGUGCUUGGAAGAUACAGGACCAAAGGCCAAAUAACAGUGGAACACGACCAUCAUUUCCUUCGGGACUUCUCUGACUGGUGUUUUGUGUACAAUUAUUCAGACAAUAAAAGGCUUCUGGGACUUAA